GGACGUUGUGAACCAUGAGGAUGAUCAAGUGCUUCCGUCACCUCUUUCUAUUGUUUGGUGCCAUCGUUUUCCUGUUACUAUCGGAUGAAGCUGUAUCCGCCUCUCCGCUGAGAAAGGGCACUGAAGAAACCGAGAGGAAUCGUCGACGAAGGUUGGAAGAUACGGACACUCUGUCGCAAAUCCAGACCAUCCUGGAUGAUUCUCUGUCGAAGACCAACUUUGACCUUCGGAAAGCCAUGACGGAUCCACUGCAGUUGGAACUGGCCGCGGCGGUACCAGUGGGAUGUGGCAAUCUGGCACUGGAAAUGAGUUUUGACCGACUGACGGGAUUGUCCAGUAUUGAUUUGACGUCCUUGACAGCCCAGUCGGGGACCGAGAGUACGUUUCCCGAUUGUACGGCGCUGCCACAGACCAAAUGGAAAUCGGCCGUCGAUAUUGUCGUCGGUUUUGGGAGCGAUAUCGUGUCCGGCCAAGUGGGAGCUCGAUUGGUGGGACGAUGCGGCGGACAACGCUACAAUCAGCCCUUGACGGUCAGUGUCACAUCGACCGGCAACACGUUUACGGGAAGUUCCAAUAUGGAAGGCAUUCUGGGAGAUGUGGUGGAUGCCAUUGCCAAGGUGGAUAUCUUGGGAGUACUCAGCUUGACGUCGACCAUUUCUUCCACGGUCGCCUUGAUCCCCUCGGCGCUCUCGGCGUACGAGUCUACCAUUACCUCCCAGGUGGAAGCUGCCUUUCGAAACCAGAUGGUGCAGAUGGUGGAACCGCAUCUUCGACAAAAACUGGAGCGACUCGUUCCGUCGACACCGUUCAGUCUCAUCAACCGUCUUGCGGGCUUUCUGCCAGAUAUCGUAGAGUUGGUUGUGGGAGAUCUCUCUGAUUAUUUUGGUGGUGGUGAUGAUGAUCUCCUGAAUUUGGAUGAUUUGUUGGCGACAGACGAUGGCGAAUAGCUAGUUUGAUACAAAACUACAUCUGUGGGUAGCAUGCUGAUGCAGCAUGAAUACCGGUAGCAUCAGCAAAUACAUUGGGUUUGUAUGUAUCGAGACGAUUCGAUUCACUAAAGUACUCCGUUCUUCGUCUAGAGCAAUGAAAGAUUCACGUUUGUACCCUCCUAGCUAGCUGCUAGCUAGCUAGCUAGCUAAUGGUAGUCUGGAUUGCAAACGAAUAUUAAGAGAUCUCCAUCUAC